AUGGGCUCCAUGGCCGCGGAAAUGACUGCCGUCGAGGAGGAGGCGUGCAUCUACGCCAUGCAGCUGUCUUCCACGGCUGUGCUGCCGCUCACGCUCAAGAACGCCAUCGAGCUGGGCAUGCUCGAGAUCCUGGUGGGCGCCGGCGGCAAGAUGCUGUCGCCGUCUGAGGUUGCGGCGCAGCUGCCGUCGCCGACGACCAACCCGGACGCGCCGGCCAUGGUCGACCGCAUGCUCCACCUGCUGGCAUCCUACAAGGUGGUGUCGUGCGAGGUGGAGGAAGGCACGCAUGCCCGGCGGUACGGCCCCACGGCCGUGUGCAAAUGGUUCACGCCCAACCAGGACGGCAUCUCCAUGGCCCCGCUGCUGCUUCUCACCAAUGACAAGGUCCCUAUGGAGAGCUUGUACCAUUUGAAGGACGCGGUCCUUGAUGGUGGCCUCCCAUUCCACAAGGCACAUGGGAUGACAAUGUAUGAGUACACCAAAACGGACGCGCGCCUGAACCGCGUCUUCAACGAGGCCAUGAAGAGCUACACCACCAUCGUCACCGGUAAGCUCGUCGAGCUCUACACAGGCUUCGAGGAUGUGGCCACCCUCGUGGAUGUGGGCGGCGGCAUCGGCGCCACCAUUCAGGCAAUCACCUCCAAGUACCCGCACAUCAAGGGGAUCAACUUCGACCUGGCCCACGUCAUCGCGGAGGCGCCGCAUUCACCCGGCGUGGAGCACGUCGCCGGCGACAUGUUCAAGAACGUGCCCAGCGGCGAUGCCAUCGUCCUCAAGUGGAUCCUCCACAACUGGACCGACGAGCACUGCACGACCCUGCUAAGGAACUGCUACGACGCGCUGCCUGCGCACGGCAAGGUUGUCGUCGUCGAAGGCAUCCUGCCGGUCAAACCAGAGGCGACGUCCAGGGGGCAGCAGGCGUCCCUCAGCGACAUGAUCAUGCUCACGCACACGGCGGGCGGCAAGGAGAGGAACCAAAGGGAGUUCGAGGAGCUUGCAAAGGCCGCGGGGUUCACCGGUGUUAAGACCGCCUACAUCUACAGCAACACCUGGGUCAUUGAAUUCACGAAAUAG